AACUCAGGUGCAAAUAUCACUAUUCAAAGAAAAGGCAAUCAGACUGAUGAAACAAGUGAGUGUGGAAAAAGCAUAACAUUAUCUUGCAUUUUUAAGACGAACACAUCUGCCAUUGAGUGGAUUGAUGUAAACAAUUUUAUACCGAUAGCAAUAUGUAGACAUCAAGAUUGCAGAUUAAAUCCAGAAUAUAUUGAACAAUACAAUAUUUUGUUCGACAUGACACGGCACCUUUUUGACUUGACAGUACUAAAGGUAACCAUGGAGCUCAACGGAAGAACGUUGGUUUGUUCGGAUGGGUCAAAUACUGCUUCUUAUUAUAUCAGUGUCAAAGACUACGAGCCUACCCUAAUUGAAGAUAGAAACUCUGGGAGCAUAAAAGCAACGUCUGGCUGCAUGUCACCUGACACAGACGUUUCCUUCAAAUGGAUAAAGAUUUACGCUAGCAGUAAUGUUGAAACGGAAUUCAAUCCAAAACGCAUAGUCAAAAGCAAUACAAGUUGUACAAAUGAUUCCGAUUGCGGAAAUAGCAUGCAAGUGCACUUUUCAGAGACAAUAGCCGCUAAUGCCAGUGCUGAAGGAAACUAUUAUUUAAAAGUCACAGCGAUGUACGGAAAUGAGAGCAAAGAGUCAUUUAGUUCAGGCUAUUCUGGCCAGAAGUAUAUAAUUGAAGAACAAGAUAAAGAACAAUCUAAUUCAGACAGAUACUAUGUGGUAGUUGUGGUAUUUGUGGUAUUUGCGGUAGCUGCUACGCUUAAUUUACUUGCACUUACAGUAUUUUUUAAUCGCAUCUACUUUCACAGACAGAGAUUGUCUGAAAGAGGAGAUACCGAAGAGAACACGAUGUCUACAUGUUGGUAUUUUUACAUUACAUUUGACUUCUAUUCCCGCUUUUAUCAUUCUAGAAAUAAUUAUUCUUGAGUAUUGUAAUCUGGGAUAAAAGUGUUUAUGUAUUCAUAAUAAAAGCUUUUAAUUAAUACUUGAUUUGCAAGAUUUAUAAGUGUAUGCAUGAACGUUUAUCUAAUCUAAAAGUAAAUACAAAAAGUACUAAAUAUAAAUAAAAAAUUUAUGACUGUAGUAGAAUUUAUGUCAAAUAGUCUGAUAGAGGUUGGCAACGAGGAAAACGCAUGCGUAGUAUAAAGUCAUUUUUGAAAUGCAGAAAUAAAAGAACCAUGGUAUAACCGAUCUUCUUUCAAACAAUAAAUGGAUGUAUUACAAAUUUAAGUCAAUAUUUACAAGGUUAAACGUUGCAACGGUUUUAAAACUACGGCAGGAUAAACAUUGCAAAAACGUUACUAAGAUUUCUUUUUCUAUUGGACUAGACAUGAAUUAAUUAUAAGUUUUCUUUCAAUAAACGACACAAGCAUAGUUCAAUGUCAGAAAUUUUAUUAAAGUAAACUUGGAUCACAUAAUUCAUGUAUCAAAUAUACACAAAACAUACAUACAUAAAUUACCAGUGUGUGAUAAUUCAUAUGUAUCAUUACAUACAAUCCGAAAUUCAUUGUCGACCUGUGUGUACAAUUAUCAGUCAAAAAUGCAUACCCUUCUAAGAGACUUAUAUCACCUUCUUAGUAGUAUAACGUUUUCUAAGAUUCAGUGAGUCUCAGACAAAGACAUCAUCAAUAUUAUAUUUAACAUAAUGUAAACAAGAUAUGUUUGUAAAACAUGCAUGCCCCCUAUUGGCAGCCAAGUAGUAAUGUCAUCAGGUUAUAAAGACCUUUUGACCUAGUGACCAAAAAAUCAAUAAGGGUUAUCUACAGGUAAUGGAAUAGUCACUAGCUAAUUGUGACCGCAAAGGUUGUGUGCAGCAAUUUUAUGACAAAGUGAUCACAAAUCAUACCAAAUAACAUAUGCAUAAAUUUUAUGAAUCAUGUUAUUAGUUAUUGAUCGGAAACCGUUUUUACCUGCAAGGUAAAUGUGACCUUCACCUUUGAUGAUCAUGAACAAUCACAAUACCAAGUUUGAAGUUCCUAGGCCUAAGCGUUCUUUAGUUUUCACUCGGAAACCAUUUGGUUUUUGGACUGACGGACCGACAGACUGACGGAUCGACCGACAGACAAAUGCAAAGCAAUAUUCCCCCGCUUCUUUGAAGGGGAGCAUAAAAAUAUUAACCGAUCUGCAGUACAUACACAUGCUUGAAUUAUAACAUUCACUGUUAAAAUAAAAUUAUUCAGUAUUUAAACACGUUGUUCACUUAUCAAAAAUUAUACAUUAAUGUUAAAUCGGUGUAAUGUAUCGGAAAUUUCAAUUCUUUUGUAAGUUUGUGAAACUUUUUCAAUUUAAUACAGAAUGACAAAAUGAUUUAGCAUGUAUAAUUGAUAUAAAAAUUGCAAUUUUUCAGCCCAAAUUAUGAAAAAUUUAUUAAUUAUUAUUAAUUGAUUUCAGAAACAGUGCCUUUAAACAUUUUCAGAUUUUACCUAGCAUUACAAAGCCUAGAAUUUUCAAUAUGUGCGU